AUGGAAAACAUUGAAGAAGAUGCUGUAGAAAACACUGUCGAUAAGGACGUCGCCUUGGAAGAGGACUUGGAAGACGCUGACGGAGAUGUGGAUGAAAGUUGUACUCCGAACGCUGAAAUUGAAGAACCGCUUAGUUUAGCUGUCACGGUGAAAGUCACCGGAUCGAAGACUGUUUCUGACUCUGGAGGUGCUGAAGAUGCGAAUACUUCAAAUGUCGACAUGUUUGAAUGA